AAUUUAACGGCUGUAACGGAAGCGUGUAGGCUGUAACGUUCCUGCAGUUUCUCCGUGUGUUUGGGGUGAAGUCAUGGCUGCAAAGCGCGCUUUAGUAAUUCUGUCGAAGGGAGCGGAGGAGAUGGAGACCGUGAUCCCGGUGGACGUCCUGCGCAGAGCCGGGAUUGCAGUGACUGUAGCAGGAUUGACAGGGAAGGAUCCUGUCCAGUGCAGCCGUGAUGUCCUCAUCUGUCCAGACUCAAGCCUGGAGGAAGCCUCAAAGCAGGGUCCAUAUGACGUGGUUCUGUUACCCGGGGGACUGCUCGGAGCCCAGAACCUGUCUGAGUCUCCUGCUGUGAAGGAGGUGUUAAAGGAGCAAGAGGGCAGGAAGGGGCUGAUCGCCGCCAUCUGCGCAGGUCCUACAGCUCUUUUGGCUCACGGGAUCGGUUAUGGCAGCAUGGUAACAACCCACCCAGGUGCUAAAGACAAGAUGAUGGCUGGAGGUCACUACAAGUAUUCAGAGGCCCGUGUUCAGAAAGACGGACACCUGAUCACGAGCCGAGGCCCAGGCACCAGCUUCGAGUUUGCCCUGACCAUAGUGGAGGAGCUGCUGGGUGCCGAGGUGGCCGCUCAGGUCAAAGCACCGCUCAUCCUGAAAGAUUAACAAAGUUAAAAUAAAUUAUCCCAAUGCUCAAUAAGUAACAACAUGAGUACUGCGCUGUAUUAUUACAUGGAGCAUCAAAUAACGUGAGAAUUAGUGUGAUUUUUU